AUGUCUUCGUCUACGUCCUCGCUUUCUUCCCUUUCUUCAAGCUCCUCUGGUUACUUGAAGCCUAAGGUUGCUUUGAUUGGCAGUGGGGGGUUACUUGGAGACGCUACCUUGACAGCUUUCCUGUCACCAGAGUUCUCCGAUUACUUCGAGAAACCAAUCAGAGUUUUGACGAGGAACAUUGCGCAGCCAUUCCCUGCGAAUGCCACAUUCAUACGAGUGGAUUGGGAUGAUGACAAUGUUGAAGACCAUCUUACGCGCUGUCUCCGUGGCGUAAGCGUAGUGGUCAACCUUCUAGGCUAUAAUCCUGAUGCCUGGGAUGUCAUUACGAGAGCUGUCUGCAGAGUUAAGCCCCAGCUUUACAUUCCACCAGAAUUCUCCUUCGACCAUACUCUAUGGGACCCUCGAAGGAUACCAAUGGCAUCCGUCGUUGAUGACAAGCGACGCCAGACGCAGCGAGCACGAGCAGCAGGGGUUCGCACUGUUCAGAUUUUCUGCGGAAUCAUCAUGGAAAAUAUCAUAUCCGGACCACAUACCGGUGUCGACUUCCUUCCCUCCAGAAGACGGAUAAUGGCUCUCACCUCGGACAAUGGUGUCGAACACCCUGUUUCUUUCACAUCGUCCUGGGAUGUCGGCAAGGCUAUCGCCGCUGUAUCUACAAUGCCAGCUGCAGUUACUCACGGGGACCUUGACCAAGUCCACAUCUCCGGCGAUAUUAGCUCUUGGAGCAAGCUAGCAAAGCUUAUGAGCGCACAACUUCACCCCAUGAGCUCUUCUUCUUUCGAAUCACAACUCCUUAACGACGCUAGCCCCGUUGAAUAUUUCCUUCGGAUCGCUGCAGCAGAAGGGCAACUUCACUUCCCAUCCUCACAAUCAUCUCGUUCCCGGAGAGCAGUUCCCACAAACCAGAAUAGCCUAGUGGAUACCCGUUCACUAGGCGCCCAGCCAUGGGUUAAACUAGCCCAAGUCGUUCGCCAUUUUGAUAAACAUGAUAAUGAUGCAGCCCGACAGUCUGGCACAAGUAGCCCAGAAGAGUCCUCCAAAGCGACAGCCAGUACUACCAAGAAGAGAAAACGGGCCAGCGACUCCGCUGGGAGCAGUGUCGAAAUCGACAACAAUACCCUCCAAAGCUACGACGAGGAUCCGAAAUCCCGAGGAAGUCUAGAGAACAUUACAGACGCUAAAAUCCCACCCGCCCUAUUGCCGAAAGUUAGAACCUCCAAGCCUAGAUCCUCAACCGCGGCCGUUCGAAGGAGUGCUAGGUUGGCGACAACAACACGGGAAUCUGCAGCCGUGUUGGAUCGAAGGGUGACCCGCAGCAUGACAAAACGGGCGAACAACAAUAAGACCAAGAAUAUUAAUCAGAAUACGAGGAAGAACGAAGACAAGAACAAUACGAAGGCAGCUGCCCCGACCGGGCGGUCAAGCCAGCGGAGACGAGUCGGUUGA